CGCUAAUAAUAUUCGGAGCUCCUGUGCUGAUCUUCACUGUGGCCAACUUGAUAUUCGUCGGCAUCACCAGGAGAAACGUUUCAAAAAUGAGACGAGAAAUGAGAAGUUUUGAUAGCAAUACCAGCCGAGCAGGAGCGAUUUCGUCGAUUUGGCUGACGAUCAGAAUGCUUCUGGCCACUCUCGGCAUCACGUGGAUAUUUGAAGCGAUUUUUAUGUUGUGCCUUUUUUUUGAAUUCAUGCCAUUGAGCCUGGCAAUCACGUGUGGCUUUAUUUGCUUCUUUCGUGGCGUCACUUCCUCAAUUAUUUACUUGUGCUUUAAUAGAAGAAAUUAAAUCAUUGAUCAUAGAAUCAAAAGAAAAGCAGGAAUAUGAUAUAUAGAUGCAAAAUCUGGAGAAAAACAAAUUUUGAAUGUCUUCUUUGGCUGGUUGUCCAGAAUACGCUGAUCGAAAUGGAGCAAAAAAGCGCCGCCGAAAUCGACAAAGUCGUGAAGCAGUUGCAGGACACGUGUUUUGCCACGAUCUUCUACGUGCCAAUGGCAGUUCUGACCGUCGCCAUGCUCUUCUUGAUCACGGCGAUCGUCAUCAUAUUCAAGUCGGCCAAGAACCAGCGCGGCACCAUGACUGGAAAAAUCGUCGUGUGCCAGUCGGCGACCAUGUUCGUCGGCUUCCUCGUCAUCAACAUCAUUUUGGGAUGCUUGCGUCAACUCAUUUACGACCCGACGGAGGCCUCGCUGAUUUUUUUCAUGAUCAUCUUUGGCCUUCCUCUAUUGGGUGCUCUUUAUCUGAGUUCGCACUUUUGGUUGAACAUCCAAUGCUUUGACGUUUUCUACAAUUUCCGAAGCGUUGAAAAUAGCCCGAGCAACGCGCCCAGAGGAUCGCACAGAUGCAGAUUCGCAAUUUACUGCCUUUACGCAAUUCUGCUGCCUAUUGUUCUCGUCUACACAACAGCUAAUUACUUGUUGCAAAAGGAUUCAUCUGAAGAGGAUGGCAUUGUUGAAUAUCGCCUCGCUAUUCCAAAAAUAUACAAAAUUGAAUAUUUUUCUGCCAUUUUCUCUUCGACGGGAUUUUUAGCAUUCGCAGUUCCAGUUCUGAUCCUGAAUGCGUUGAACUUAUUUUUCAUUUUCAUUACGAGAAGAAAUGCUUCGAAAAUGAGACGGGAAAUGGAAAACUUUGAUGGUGACUUGGGCAAAGAAGAGCCUCAACUGUCAGGCGACGUUCAUUCAAUGAUGAUUCAACAAGUCUCCAGAAGGAUCAACAUGGAGAGUCGCCAGAUUGCGGCUGAGGAGGCGAUUUCAAAAACUUGGCUGACGACCAAAAUGCUGUUGAUGACUCUUUGCAUCUCGUUGAUUUUCGAGGCAAUCAUCAUCAUCGGACUGUGGUGCUUUGAUUUGCCACCAAAUGUGGUGUUCCUCAUUGGCAUCAUUUGCGUCAUGCGCGGCCUGACUGCGACAGUCGUUUAUGUCUACUUCUUUGGAAAGAAGGAAAGAGCCCUAAUUAUAUAACAACGGUUUUGAUUUGUCCAAAAUUCGCAGCAUGCCAAGAAAAACAGAAUGAAAUGCAGCAAUUUAACGGGUAUUCAUAAAAGUAAAAAUUUUAUUUUUUCUAUACUGACUGAUUUAGUGCCAUAAUGUCAUUUUACUGCCAUAUUUUAUUAACUCUUAUGGAGCAAAUGCUUCCUAAAAAAAUCAGUUAAUUUAAAUUAAAAUUAAA